CCCUCAGAAUACCGAAAAACGUGAAGAACCCGUAUGAGAACGUCAUAAACAAGAAAAGUCUCUCCGCAUUAAUUAGGGAAAUAUCAAUCAAAUACUGCGAUAAAAGCACUUUUUUGUGAAAAAAAUUAACAUAUAACAAUGUCAACACCUGCUAGAAGACGAUUAAUGAGAGAUUUUAAAAGAUUACAAGAAGAUCCACCUGCUGGUGUUAGUGGAGCUCCAACAGACAAUAACAUAAUGUUGUGGAAUGCGGUUAUAUUUGGUCCACAUGACACACCUUUUGAAGAUGGUACAUUUAAAUUAACAGUAGAAUUCACUGAAGAAUAUCCAAAUAAACCUCCUACAGUACGAUUUGUAUCUAAAAUGUUUCACCCUAAUGUUUAUGCUGAUGGUAGUAUAUGUUUAGAUAUUUUACAAAAUAGAUGGAGUCCUACAUAUGAUGCAUCAGCCAUUUUAACCUCUAUACAGUCUUUACUUCACGAUCCAAAUCCAAAUAGCCCAGCAAAUAAUGAAGCUGCUCAGUUAUAUAGAGAAAAUCGUCGAGAAUAUGAGAAAAAAGUAGCAUCAAUAGUGCAACAAAGCUGGCAAGAUGAUUCGGACGAUGAGGAGGACACAACUAAAGAAUUGUCAUAGCAACAGCUUUUAUAAUUAGACAUGCGAUAUUUUUUGUUACAGUUAAAAAUCUCUCCAUUGAUAAUGUACACAUAUCUUUUCCUUUUAAGGGGUUGUCUCAGAACUUUUUCCUUUUUUGGUGUAGUUAAUGUUAAACUACACAUAGAUGUUAUAACUAAUAUUAUUUUAGAUUGUAAAUCAGUAUUUGAACAAAUAUUGAGCUGUUAAUUCUGAAAAUAAAGUCAUGUCAUUUGAACUUGUUUCCUUUUUACUGUUGAGGUAAAGAAUUUGAAUUUCAUUAAAAAAUGUUAUGAGACAGCCCCUUACAGUCAUUUCUGAUAGGGCAACAUAUGUUUGUUAAUGUUAACUUUGAUGAAAUAGUACCAUUUAGAUGUGUUCCUGUCAUUUAUCUUGUUAAGUAGAGUGUGAGGUAUGGUAUUGUUUCAGUAAGCACAACACAAAAAAAAACUAAACAUAUGCCUGACACACGGAUAAUUUAUCAUAUACAUGUGUAGGUAAAUAUCUCAUCAGGUUUUUAAUCAGCUGUAAAACCAGCCAAUCAAGGAAUUUUAUUUUAUUUUCACUUGUGUAUUAUCACAUAUUUUACAAAAAUAAACUUAUGAUUGAGAACAAUCUUAAUCAAAGCAUUUUUAUGAUCAGAUAUCUGAAAUGAGAAAGUUUUAGGAUUUUUUCUGUGAUAAUUAUUUAUGUAGUAUGACUUAAACAUUUCAGAGAUCUUGAUCAUGUUGGUAAGGGAAUAAGCUUCUCUGGUUUUUUCUCUCGCCUGCAAUGAUAGUCUUAGAAGUGAGACUUGGGUGUGCUGUUACCAAAGUCAGGGCUUCAACAUAUUUUAAGUUUGUAAUAGGUCACACAGACAAGACAAAUCUCUGUGUUAACAGUUCAUUUAUACAAUAGUAGUUUCCUGGUUAAAAACAAUAUCAAUGGACGUUUUCGUAUAGUCAUAAAAUACUGUAAAUUGUGAAAUUGGGUAUAAUUUCAGUCAUUGCUUGAUGAACCAAAUCCAAAUAGUCCUGCAAAUAAUGUGGCAGCUCAGCUAUACAAAGACAAUAAAAGAGAGUAUGAGAAACGAGUUAAAGUUAUCGUAGAAGAAAGUUGGAUAUUUCAUGGGUCUAUUGAUGACGAUUGACAAACAUGGUUAGGUCUACAUACAUCAUAAUUAUACCGAUUUUUUAUUGUAUGAAAUUUUAAAAGCACUUCUAACUGAGUUAGUUGAUAUAAAGUAUUUUUUUAGACAAAGAUUUCUUCCUGAUUCUGAAUAUAUGCUUUUAAUUUUAAUUGGAAAAGUUUAUAAAAUGAUGUAGUAUAAGAUUGUUAAGAAAUCACUUAGUACAGUCAGUAGACAGUUUUCAAUCCAGCAAUUCUGAAAAGUGGCAAACAUUUGAGCUCACAAUAUAUUUGGAAGUUGAAUUAAGGUGGUGGGAGACGGAUUUGAUUUUUACUAUAUAUUUACCUACAUUUGGUACCUAAAAAGGUUAUGUGUUGUAACUGGUUUUAUGGUAGUGUGGAUUAAAGGGAGACAUAUGGUAUAUGUCAGUGAGACAGAAAUCCAUGACACUUGUCACAAAUGUUUGUAAUGUAGAUUCUAAAAGUUAAUGAAAAGGAACAUUUGACUCUUAUUCCUUAAAAUACAAAGUUCAUCAUGAUUUGAUAGAUUCUUUAUAUGGCUGAAAGUCUCAUUCACAGAGGCGGAUUUAGGUUUUGUGGGGAAAAUUUGGCUGGAGCGGGCCCCCCUUAUGAAAAUUUCUGGAUCCACCACUGAUUCAGAUAGGCCAUUGACCUUGGUGCCUAAUUAGAAGUAGAAUAUAAAACAGGUAGACAAAUGUCUAUAUGUAUUAAGUAUUAUAUCAGAAGUGCUGUAAUUUAUAAUGAUAGGAAAUUGUAUGUGUACAAGUGCAUAUUGUCUGCAUAAGACUUGUUUGUUUUGUUAUAUAUCUUCAACUUCUCUGCAGUAGUCUGUUAUCCCUAGUCUAUGGUAACAAUUGUUUUAUAGUAUAUCCAUGGCAAUUUGUCAUCAUUCUUUAUAAGUCAGAGUAAUAGCUCCAUAAUGUGUAUUUAAUAAAAUAACAAUACAAUUCAUAUAUCAUUAAUUUGAAGUAGAAUAUUAAUUCAAAGUCAUCUUUGAGUAACUGACCGUUCCAUUAAUCCAUUAGUUCUGUACUGAUAGAAGAUUCUUGAUAGUGACCGUUAUAUCUGUACACAUUAUUAUCAUUUGACUAUUUAUACAACCAGUACAACUAUGUAAAACUUGUUAAAGUUGUUUAGUAACGUUUUCAUGAGGGUCUGAGUAAAGUUUACAGAAUAGAGAAUAAUGGGUCUAAAAUAUUAAAAAAUAGAGACAGACCAAAAAAAUAAAGAAUAGACAAAAAUGACCUAAAGAUUGUAGAAUAUAGAAAUAAAGCCCCUUUUGAAUACAUAGACACUGAAGAGAAAUUGAUGAUGUUGUUUAUUACUUAGUGGACCCACCUUUGUGGACACACAAGUAAUAAAUGGAGUUUACCCAGGAUACAAAUUCUUGUUUUUUUCUUGUGCAGAUUUCAGAAUAAUUAUUGUAUUAUUAUUAUUGUUUUGUAAUUACCAGGGAUACUAUUCAGAGUAAAUAUAAUAUUUAUGAAUAAGAAAUUUUUUUUAGGCAGAUAUUAAUAUCAUUCAUGGUAUUUUUAAACAUGUGGAAGGUCAUUUUAAGGGAGUCUCGAGGUUAAAAUACCCUCACAAUGAAUAUAUCUGUGAGAACAUAUAUCCUUACUGUAUGUUGAUAAUAGAAAUAAAUUGAAAUGACAGAAGUCAAAUCUUCUAGCCUAAAUUUAAAGUAAUAUUUUUUGCUUGAAUCAUUUUAACUAAAAUUAAAAUCACACGAAGGAUUAAUGUUAACAUGUCUUUGGCUACUUACAUGAAAAUGUAUAAUUUAUGUUUUUCCCUUUAAUAGGGUAUUAUGUAUCCCUGAGUAAAAUGCUUUGGUUGUUUUUGUUAUUGUAUAAUGUUGCCUGUAUCAUAAAGAAUCAUGGUGUACUAAUUAUGAAUUUUUCAUGAAAUGGGUACAUCAGGAUUCUUUAAGUAUUUCAUUCUGCAUUUUAUUGGUCACAUUUCAUCACUUAAAGACUCCUGUGUUAUUAUAUAACUGAACGACUUUUGUGUUAUUAUAUAACUUUUUAUUGUUAAUUUUAUCAGUUAUGUAUACAACUACUUUCACAUCUAUUCCUGACGGUUACAUAUUU